AUGGCGGCACCCUGCCCCCUCUUCGAGAAGCUCCCGCCCGAACUGCGCAAUGAAAUCUACAGGCUCACCUUCACAGUCGAGGAUGAGGGCAAGGACAUCCGCCUCCGCGACGCCGCACCACCUGAGAAGGCUAUCCUCCUCACCUGCAAGCAAGCCCACACCGAAGCCGCGAAGCUCCACAAGAUCAUGUAUCGCGACUACUGGCGCAAGACCACCUUCUCCGUCCAGCAGCAUCGCCACCCUCGUCUGGUCCUAACAAGGCGCAUCCUGGAGGAUCACGUCGAAAUUCAUAGGCCCGUCGAUGUGAACCACAUCGAGCAUCUCACACUCACUCUCAAGUAUGCGCAUGCCACUGAGAGACUUCACCUGGAGGACAGUCGAGGUAUCUGGCGAUUUGCGCGGGAAGGAUUCUGGGACAGAUACGUAGCGAUAUAG